AUGCACUCCGUAGCGAAGCGCAAGGAGCAGGCGGUUGUCGUGGCUGUGGGGCCGGCGCCACAGAUGCGCAUGUGCGCGGAUGUACUGACAGAUGUACAGGAUGAGCCAGUCAUGACGGAGGAGGAGCUGCGGGCGUGGUCCGAGUUCGACCGCAGUCGGCCCACAUCCCCGUCGCCAGUUGUCAGGAAUGGGAACUGGCGGCUGCCCAAGCGGUACCAGGGCGUGUUUCAAGAGCGCUACAUCCUCAUGAUUCUGGCUCUCACUUUGCUUCUCUUCAUCGCCUCUACAUAUCAGAUGGACACGAAGACAGAGCUGGAGGAGAUCAAGCGCACGUACGGCAUCGAUGACGCGAUAAAGUUGCCGACGAAACGCACUGGACACCGCAACACAAUGAUGUAG